AUCCAGUAAAGUCAAUUUUAAAUUGUCCGCUUUGUUAAGGCCAGUAAUGUUGCCACCGAUAUUUUCAAAAAGGAACAAAACACUGAUACUCCAUUGAAACUGAUUUAGGAAGUGGCAACAAGAUGGAAUAGUGCUUAUGAAAUGAUAAAGAGAAUUUUAAAAACUAGUGAAGCUCUUAAUAGAUGACUAUUAAAAAUAAAAGAAGCUCCACUCCCUUUAAGCAUAGAGGAAAUAACUGUUUUAACAGAUAUGGAAAAAUUACUGGCCCCAUUUGAUAAAGCAACUGUAAAGGUAUCAGGCUCAAGCUAUGUCAUCAUAUCAUUAAUUAUUCCCUUAACCAUUGGCAUUAAAAAACUUUAGUGAAGAUAUCUUAACAAAAGAAGAAAAGCAGAUGUGUCAAAAAUUAUUAAAUUUAGUAGAAGUUAGAAUUUUCCCAUAUGAAAAGAGGACUGAGGCUCAAAUGGUUUUCGAAGUAUGGAUAAUGCAAAAGCAGCUAGACAAUUUUUGGAGCAAGAAAUGGUAAGAAUUUUAAAUAAAGAAGGAAAUGAAGAUCACGAUAGAAAAAACAAUUCGAUGAGCAGUUUAAAUAAAGGUAGUAAUGACGGCGAUAGUAACAAGUCAUCAUCAUCAAUCAUCAUCAUCAUCAUUUUCUUUUAUGAAUGAAAGAGUAAGUCAGAAACGAAGUUCAAAGAAAAUAUAUGCCAUAAUAAUAACGAGACAAUACCUAGAGAGACAAAAUUCUAAUCAAAGAAGUGACCUUCUACUCUUUUGGAAGGUAAAUAGAACUGAGUAUCAUCCCCUACAAAAAUGCGGGAAAAAAAAAUAUUUAUGUGUGCGAGCUACUUCAGUAGAAUCUGAGCGUGUCUUCAGUGCUACAGGACACAUAAUUACUGAGAAAAUGUCAAAGCUUAAGCCAAAAAAUAUUGAUAUUUUAACGUUUUUAAAUAAAAAUUAUUGGUUAGUUAAUAAAGAGAUAUGAACAG